AUGAAAGUCCUAAUCACCAGAUUAGACACUACUGACUCUAAUGAAGAAGAAGACGACGACCGAAGCUGGCUAACUGACUCGGAGGAUUUGGACCCAACCAAAUUCUACACCAGCAAUAGAACACUGGACACAGACAGAGCCUCAGGCCGCAUACAGGUCGGUCGACAGAAAGUUGUUAAGGACCGACCUAGAGCCGAAAUGGCUCGCUGCGCAGUAUGUAGACGGCUCAUGAACCCCGACGAGCCCCAGGAAGCCAUGAGUUCUGACACGAAUCAUGGCACACUCGUGUCACCACCGCAACAUGGGAGUGUGUUCGAACUGCCACACGCGUGCGUGUCAGAGGUGCCUUGCGUUCGGUCGCUUUGUCGGCUCAGCAGCUUGAGGCAAAAAAUAUUUGCAGAAUUACAGGAUAUUGCUCCGUCUGCCGGUAAUGGGGCGCUCUGGUCAACAGGCAUGUUCAUUUUAAUGAUCCCCCUACGCCGCCGUGACGGGUCGUUCAACAAAAUGUGGCCAACCGCCGCAUACAGGCUCCGGUUUGGCGGUACUACGUUGCAGGUUUCGCUCUCACGCGACUUCGAUGAUGCAGUGAGUGGUGACCGGAUUUUCCACGGCCGAUUUUGUGUGCCUGCCCGCCACGGGAUCAGUGCCUCGGUUUGCUUCGUCUCUGGAGCAAGUGGUGGCGGCUCGGAGUGGGGGGCCGGUCGAGGGUCAGCGGAUUACGACGGAGACUACGAAAUCGAGCUCGGCCGUGACAAGAUGUACUGUUUAAGAGACGGGACAUUAAGCAAUGACUUGACGUGCUUGCUGCCAGGCAUCGAGUUAACGCUGGCGCCGACGCUGGCGACUUUGGGGUCCCUGCAUCUGGCCUACUGGGACGAAGUGGUGGGGACCUGGACCUCCAGAGCCUUCCAGGCACCGGAACUUUCAGACGAAAAGAACAAAGAGCCGCAAACGUCGGUUCCGCAAACGUCGGUUCUGCAAACGUCGGUUCCGCAAACGUCGGUUCCGCAAACGUCGGCUCGUGUGCUGAUCAACACAAGGCGUUGCAUCUGUCGAGUGUACCGCACCGACGAGCAGACGGGCUGCGAGUUCCGCUUAACCGAAGACCUCCUCAUCUCCUCGCCAGGGACCUACAUCAUCACCGAGAGCUCCGCUACCAAAUGCGCCACGGUGUAG